UUGAGUUCAUUAUGGCGAUCGCGUGGUUUUCUUGUAGGGAAUGUUUCACUUGCACGUUAUUUAGGCUAAAUAGAAUCUAUCACCUUACUUACCGUACAGAUCGCUAUUUCACAACUCCCGGUCUUGGAUCUGCUGUUAGCACGAAAGAGGUUAAAGUAUCGGAGAAAGGUCUCAGUGUGGAUGAUGAUAGCCAAAAGUCUAUCAAGAAAGAUGAUCUAAAGUUUCCACGCCACUGGAAGGCAAAAACUCAACAAAAGGUGUCGAGGAGUCAACAAGAAAUUCCAUCUCAUAAAGACUUGAACUUGUAUCGAUAUGUGAAGAAGCUGGAAACAACUCUAGGGCGUGGUAAAGGUUCCAUUUCGAAAAGAUGGUCGUACCUUUUAACAAAAUACCUUAAAGCUUACAAUAAGCUGACUUGUUCCACUUCUUUAUUAUCGGAAUCACCCCGGAUUCUUGGCCUAACACCAAAACUUCUCGAAGAGAGAUUGAAUUUCCUCUUCCAGAUAGGUAUCACUGGAAGGGAUGCCUUGAUAAUAGCUCUGGAGUUUCCUGCCAUUCUUUCGUGGGAUUCACCCAACUUUACUGAGAUGCUGAAAGUGCUCAAAGAUUUGAACUGCGAUAUCGUCGCCUUAAUGUUUAAAACACCGUUUGUCUUCAGCCUUGAUCAGAGCAGAGUUCAAGAAAAUAUUCACAAACUUACAUCAGCUGGGAUCGCGAAAAACAUAAUUGGCAAAAUCAUUUCAAAUAACCCUCUCCUUCUUAGCUUCCCACUCAGAGAGCAGUCUUUGGAGAUUAUUUCCCUUUUGCUUGAUUCGCAUAAAACCCUACAAUCAGAAUUAACAGGCAAGGGUGUAAAGGAAGAGGAGGCGAUCUUAAACUUGAUCCUUCACUCUGCGGAGAAAUUUAAAGAGCAAGUCGAUUUUCAAGAAAAUUUUAAAGAAGUCAUAAGUUUUCUUGAAGAAAUGGAGGUUUCGCCACUUAUCAUUGCAGUCACAAAUCCAGUAAUCUUUUCUACUGAUGUUGAUACUUUAAGUAACUCUGUGGCAUUUUUGAGGAGCAAACCCCUUUUACUUGAUAUGGAGGCUGUGCAGCACCUUCUGAUUACAAAGCCAGAAAUAUUUGUAAAUUUGGACUCAGUGAAAAACAGGAUCCAGUUGCUUUAUGAUAUUGUCCAAAACCCAACAGUACUAUACAGUCUUGUUAAAACAAGACAGUUUUUGUUUGACAGCAAAAAUUCAACUGUGGAAGCCAUUAUCAAAUGGUUUCAAGGUAAAGGUAUCAAGAACAAAGAGAUUGCUCACAUCAUGACGGCAAAGAACUUCUUUUUUCUUGAGAAAGAUGAAUUGGAUGAGAAACUGGAUUAUCUGUUGUCAAAUGAUGGGGUGGAAAUUGAAGAUGUCAUAAAACAUCCUUCAUGUCUUUUGAAACCUAUUGCCUACCUUAAAGAGAGAGUCGAGUUUGUAAAAGCUGUGAAGCCAGAAGUUCUCAAUAACAGAAGCCUUGAUGAUGUUAUGGUAUCAAAGAAUGAACUCUUUUCUAGUGAAGUGUGUGGAUCAACACUGGAAAACUACACAAAGUUUGUUCAAUCUCUGAACAAGGAGCUUGCUAAGGCUGGCAAAAAGAAGUGAUCAAUUAAAUGAUUGCAUCAAAUACUUUCUGUGAACUACUCUAUAAAAAAUUUGGUGCAAAAUAUUGAAUAUGUAAAUUACUAUUAAAAAACUGAGAUAAUUUUAUAGAAUGGUAACCUCUUAACUUUGCCAAAUCAAAAUUUUAUCAUCUGAGAAAUCAAGGAACACUGAGAUGAAAGUUUGAGUAAUGCAAACUGCUGCCUUAAAUGGAAGAGAUGGUUCAAGGUUAAAUAAAUGGAGACCAAAACUUCAUACUGCUAUUUUUAAUUUUAUAAGAAUCCUUACACUGAAAAUGUUCAGUUUAAUGAUAACCAUAUCUGAUGAGUGCAGGACGUGAUGUGUAUUGUGAAACCUAAAGAGGCAGUGAAAUGCUAAGUUGAAUCUUCACUCUAUCAAAUGACCAUCUCAAUUAUAUUGGAUUAUUUAUUUGAUUGGCCACUCUCUGUUCCUAUUAAAUUGUUAUUUGUUCUUA